AUGAGUUGUCACUUCAGCAAACAUACUAUUGUGUUCCACAGACAUGGUACUCAGUGUGCCGGUGAGGUUGCAAUGGAGGCCAACAAUUCCUUUUGUGGUGUGGGCAUCGCUUACAAUGCAAGGAUUGGGGGUAUUCGCUUGUUGAAUGGUUUUGUUACUGAUGCUAUGGAAGCUACAGCUUUCACCUACAACAAUGAUUACAUUGACAUCUACAACUGCUGCUGGGGGCCAACAGAUAAUGGCAAGACUCUAGGUGGACCAAAAAAACUAGGCCGUAAGGCCUUGAAGUUUGGAGCGAGAAAGGGGCGUAAAGGCAAGGGCAACAUUUUUGUCUGGGCAGCUGGCAAUGGUGGCUUCUUCAAUGAUCACUGUGGGGCUGAUGGAUUCGUCAACAGCAUCUAUACAAUUCCUAUUGGAGCAAUUACACAUGAAGGCCUUCCAGCCAACUAUGGAGAACCUUGCCCAGGUCUCAUGGCUGUAACAUUGACGGGUGCUGCCAGACAAAUUCUGAAUGACCUUCCGCUGGUGACAGUCACUAACAGCGCGAAGGGGUGUGAUUCACAUUUCCGAGGCACCUCCAGCGCUGCUCCAAUGGCCACAGGAGUCCUGGCAUUGGUUUUGGAAGCCAAUCCUGAUCUAAGCUGGAGAGAUGUACAACACCUGAUUGCAAAAACUGCAAAGAUACCCAACCCUUCCCUACCUGGCUGGCACAUCAAUGGUGGAGGUUACCAUGUCCACCACAGGUACGGGUUUGGACUCAUUGAUGCUGCCUUAAUGGUACAGCAAGCUCUUCUCUGGACCCCUGUAAAACCUCAGCGGAUGUGUUCAGAAGAAUUGCCACUCAAGCCUGUGAUAAUUGUUCCAGCUGGCAAUAGUGUGAAUCUCCAUAUCACAACGGACGCCUGUGAGGGCACAGCUAGAGCCAUCAAUACAUUGGAGCAUGUGCAGGCUGUUGUUAGCAUCACCAGCAUCUGCAGGGGUGACCUCAGUGUUGACCUGAUCUCUCCCUUUGGAACAAAGUCACAGCUUCUGGGGACGCGAAUGUUUGAUAUGUCUAGAGCUGGCUUGAGUAAAUGGACCCUUAUGUCAGUGCAUUCGUGGGGGGAGAAUCCAUACGGCACCUGGACACUGAAGGUAUCAGACAACAAAGAUACAGUUUUCGGCUGCCGUCGUCCUGACAAUGGAGCAAAAGGUGCAACGGUGCUACAAUUCAAACUUGUCUUUUGGGGAACAUAUGAAAGUGGCAAAGGGUCAACAACAAAUUGGACUUGGAAGAAAAGUCUCCAGAACAAUGCAGUAAAACAGUUGAUUAAAGACCAAUACAUCUUGGAGAAUAAAGCAAGAGUGGGUGUUAAUGACAUACCCCUGGUUUCCAAGCAUAAGGCGAAAAUGGUAGUGGAUAAUCCAGCUAACAGAAAAUGGUUAGCAGGAAAAGGAUCCAUGAACUCUAAGAUUCUCAAUGAAGAAUGA